CUUGCAGUGGACUGGCACCCUGCCCAGGACUAUUUCCUGCCUUGCCCGCAGUGCUGCAUGGCUGAUCUCUGGCUUCUCCUGAACUGAAUGAAGGGAGUGUCCCACUGUUCCAUUGUUUUUGCCCUUGCCCUUCACUAACACACACCUACUAGUUUUAAAAUGUGUUUGUGCUGUAUUUUAUAAUCUACUAUAAUAAUACAAUGCUAUUUAUAAUUGCCCAGUUAUUUUAAUCUUUCACCACAGGUCCUAAUUCAAUUACUAAAGGAGAAACAAGUGAAACGCUGGAACAGCGUACUGCGGGAAUGUUCACUAAGGGCCACAUUCUCAUUUCUUCUGCUGAUGAAGCAUCAGAUUUCAGCGGCCGUGUGGCUGGGGGGCUUCCAGCCGCCUGACGUUGUCUUAAAAUAGCUUCAGCCCAAGCCAUGAGAACUGCUGAAUCGUAGCGCCUUUCAAAGCUGCAACUUAUAUUUUUCUACUCCAUUUUUUUUUGUAAAUCCUGGACUUACUCUGUUUUCUGGGCCUUUCAGGUUGUACCGAGAUUGGUCUUUAAAUAUUUUUUUGUCUUCCGUCUUGCUAUAGGCCUUUGUUGUGAUCUGAACAGAAUAGCAGUAUUUCAGGAAGAAAAUGAGUGUGUUUAUAGCUGCUGUAUAUGUCCUAGUAUCAUUGAAGAGACUAUGUGAUGUUGGCUUGCAAUUCUUUAUCAUGGAACUUGUUUUUGAGAAAUUAAAUUAAUCAUCUUAUAAUAAAUGUGUUCUGCAUUUCAUUUCAACAUUCAGUUAAAUACAGAAAAGCAGACCAUUAAUCGUUUUAAAACUACUGUAGAAACCUUUAUCAACGUGAAAAAAAAGUAUUACGUCUUAAGUGAAAGAAAGCAUACAAACGCAAAUGAGCCCACCGUAUCAAUCCUCAUUUUCUCUCUGGACUAUUUUUGUUUGGGGAAUUACAACCAUCUUUAGAUGGCUACAGAAAGUUUUCUCUGUUGUCUGCAUAUGGCUGCUUGGUCCUGGCAUCUCUGAGAACUGCCGUGAAAUGAACAAUGUACAGGGGACACUGGACAGACCACCAGCUUUGGCAGUUUACUCAUCUGGAAAAGAGACGGAGGAGCUGGCCACAAUACGGACAAGUGGACACACAUUUCAGGCAGAUCUUAGAAGGCUGACUGAGUGCAGUGAAUAUUUCAGGGCCUUGUCUCAAUCCCAAAUGAGAGAGAUGAAAGACAACAUCAUCGAUCUGUCCCACAUUCCUUCCAGAGCCUUUUGCAGUUUCCUGGAGUUCUCCUUUUACCAAAAUCUUGAAGUAACUGAAGUGGACCUCCCGGAGUUCAUAGAAGCUGCUAACUACCUGCUGGCCAAUCAUUUUCUCGCAGCGUGCCUGCGGUUUCUAAAAAUUGUUCUGACUCCAGAAAACUACCAAUUCUAUUUGGAUUUUGCUAAGUCCAUUACCUGUGAGGAAAUGCUGGUUGAAAUAUACAGCUACCUGAGUGCACACAUGUUGGAGCUGUCUUCUGUAUGUCGCAGUCUGGAGCUGAGCGAUAGGUACAGGAUCAUUACGCUGAGAUCAGAAGGCAGCCUCUUCCUAUGCACCUUGAAAAAGGAGAACCUCACGGCAGGAGAGGGUAGUGGAAUAGAUGCCGCCCGUUUCUUGUACCUGUUUGAAAGCAAUGAAGAAACUGGAACGUGGUCCCAGGGUUCAAAGCUCCCUUUUCUGGCUGACAAAUGGAAUUUCACUACAGCUGUGUUGUAUAAUUACCUCUUUGUAAUUGGAGGGUAUCGGAAAAAGGCAAAGAAAGGAUUUGAAUUCCACAUGGCAUCCUUCCGGUAUAAUCCGAUGACAAACUGCUGGGCCUCAGUGGCUCCACUGCUUAAGCGCAGACGGCACUUCAGCACAGCAGUGUGUGAAGGGUACAUUUUUGCAGUUGGCGGGUGGUACCUGGACUCCCUCCUAGCACCUGAUUCCAGCACAGCUCUUUACACUGCGGUUGAACGCUAUGAUCCUUGGUCUGACACCUGGGUGUUUGUUUCUUCCCUGCCUCUCACUGACUUCAUCUUCUCUGUGUCUCUCUCUCAUGAUAUUCCUUUAACAACUGUACUGGAGGACUGCAUUUAUGUUGUUGGAACCAUCCAAAGAACAGGGGAGAAACUUGUGUUAAAGUAUAAUGUUAAAGAAGAUUCCUGGAGUGAGCUUCUUCCUACUUUGACUCGGGCUGAUACAGAACUAUCCAACCUCUAUUUCUUGGGAGCAGUGGACAAACUAUACUUAAUUGGAGGAAAUAGCCAAGAAAACAUUGUGAUGACAUUUUGUGUAAAGAAACAAAAAUGGGAGAAAGUGAAGACCAUGCAGAAAAUAGCAUUAUCAGGUCAAGGAGCUAUAUUGCAUCACACAGCUUACAUGCCUGCAGCUGAACAGAACGCCAUACUGCGGAUAGAUCUGAAGUCCUUCUCAACGGAGCUGCUACCUCCUCUCCCAAUCUCCUCCUUCUAUGAGGCCGUUUUUCACCUCUGUUUCAAGAAAGACAAUCAUAUAUAUUAAUAAAGCUUGGGUGCAUUAUUUAGUUUAUAAUUUUAAAUAAGCCUAACUAUAAUGAACCUUCCUGUUGUUGUUAUUUGUUGUACUUGCCCCUUUUUAAUGCCCUUAUUAAAAACCUUCCCUGGCAAAGAUGAAACUUUGAUUGAACUUACUGAUUGGAGCCAUCAUAUGUUUUCUUCUUCUGUAAUCACUUUGUAUCACAUUCAUGCCAGUCACUUUAAAAGCCUGGUCCUGGUAACAAACAUUCUGGAGGUUUUUGAGAGCGCACAACUCCAAAUACAUUCAUUAUGGCCAAAAAUGCUCAGCAUCUCCCAUUAAAGCUAAAAACUAGGCCUCAAG